CACUCUUUCUAGAAGCCUGUCCAUCACGAACCAACCCCGGAUCUAAGCCACCGCCACGCUUCCCAAAACGCCGUUGCCUGGCCGGACCACCCCGGGCGGCUCCGUGAUGCUCCGCCCCGGCCGCGGAGCCUCACCUCCUCAUUCGCCGUGUCCGGUUGGGCGCCGCUACGGGGAUAAAUCAGCCCCAAUCUGCAACCCCCAGCGCCUGCUCACAUGAACAUCGUAGCGAGGCGUAGGCGCUCCUUCGGGUACGAGCGGUACGAUGACGUUCCCGCGGGCCCAAUGAUUGUCUCGAUAUGACAUUGGCGAGCUGGGUACCCUUGUUGCUUAUGUCUUGGCUCUCCAGCUAUCAGCUCCUCAUAAAGAAGACGUGCGACCCGCUUCUAAACCUGAUGGAUCUCUGCUUUGGAAGAAAAAAAGAUCGACCUCCAUCGACUCUCGUCUCAUUACGUAGAUCUACUACGUGCUUGUUUCCAUCAUCACCACCCCCACAAUCCAUGUCUCCACGAGUCGCUGCCCGUCGUAGCAGGGUGGCUCUUCUUGUUAACUUUCGCAAGCCUAUGCUGUCGGACUUCGACGGCAACACGCGACCUCCUUAAUGGGUCUUGUACACCACGGUUUAGAUCUUUUCAACUACGAUCAGCGAGUCUGUUCUAGUCAAGUCCUCAUCCCCAAAGACGGCACCCCUUCAAACAUCGAGUAUGACGAGUAUGUCGUCUACAAGAAGCCCGAAGAACUGGAAUCUGGGCCGCAAAAGGAUUCCCCUGGAGAGGGAGAGGAGCACAUCGUCCAUCAUUUCACACGAGAUGAUGCGUCGGGCACCACCCUGUUCGAUCUAGCAUUCCGCCAUGGCUUCCUCCUG